CUCAUGUUCCAUCACUUACUCGUAUUCACUAGUAGUUAUUUUUCUCUUCUUCCUUUAUUAUUCAUUCAUAGAUAUUGCUUAAAAUGGGAAGUAUCACUUCAGAUCCACUAAUUCUUGGGAGAGUGAUAGGAGAUGUUAUUGACUAUUUUACCCCAACCACAAAAAUGACUGUGACUUACAACAACAAAGAAAUCUUCAAUGGAUAUGAACCCUUUCCUUCUUCAGUUACCACCAAGCCAAGGAUUGAGAUUGGAGGAGUGGACAUGAGGUCCCUCUUUACACUGAUCAUGAUAGAUCCAGAUGUUCCUGGCCCAAGUGAUCCUUAUAUGAAAGAACACUUACACUGGAUGGUGACAGACAUUCCAGGGACCACAGAUUCCACAUUUGGCAAAGAAUUGACAAGCUAUGAAAAACCAAAGCCUAAUAUAGGAAUCCACAGAUAUGUGUUUGUCCUAUUCAAGCAAGAAAAGGGGAAGAAGCACUCAAUUGUUGCUCCUUUUUCAAGGGAUCACUUUAACACACGUGCCUUUUCUGCUCAAAAUGACCUUGGUGUCCCUGUUGCUGCUGCAUAUUUCAAUGCAAGAAGGGCAACGGCUCCUAGAAGGCGUGCUAGCUAGGGCUUUAUGGCCAUCAAUCAGAAGCCACUUUAUGAUCAUCAUUUUGUGGCUAUGCUACUAGCUUUAAAUAACAGCUUUAGAUUGCUGAAAAUAAUUUUAGUUGAAUUAAGGAAAAUAAUUUGUACGUUAUUGACAUUUAGAUCAUCUAACUUAUGUUGAUGUUGAUGCUAGCUUAUUAAUGUUAGUUUGUUUUUAACUAAUUGUAACUUUUGGUGUGCGUUUUGAUAUGAUGUAAUGCUGGU